UGCUUCGGUUCUCCGUGGUUAAACGUGUUUCUAUUUGGCUGCCGGUUUUCAAUGACACUGACACUGAGGCGAAAAUGUUCAGAGACGAUACUGCCAGCAACCCUGCGACCUGCAUGUGACCCGCACGGUUUCCCACAUGGACACCGAUACCGGCCACCUCUCAGUACUUCCCAUGAGCCUUAACAAAUGUAUGGUCAAUUUGCCUGUUAUUUCGCACCGACAUGGCUUCUGUCGCAUGCCCUUGUGCCCGAUACACACCUCAGGCCGUAAUACGGCACCUGAUGCGAAUUAGAAAUAUUGCAUUGGCUAUUUCCGAUUGCUUUAUUUGACUUUUCCGCGUACACAUUGCCUUCCUGCUCUUCUGACGAAACGCUGCUUACUCAUAAAGAAUGCGUAAAAAAGUUUACUGUCGAUUACCUUAAUUAUUGAACGGAAGGGGGUUUACCCAGUUACUGGGACUAAUAAUGACCCUUGUCACCCAGUAAACCCUAACUAGCAAGUUCGUCUAAUUGAGUGACCUAGUGAAUAAGUGCAACCCCCAGGAGGCUGGAUCAGUAAGCAUACGGACAGCCAGUGAAGUUUACCACGAUGCGCUUUUACAAAGAUGUCUUUCUGUUGUCGCAGGGUGUUGCGGCAAUGAAAAUCCCCGCGGGAGGCGUAGACCUCAACAUCUCUACGUGGUCAUGAAUUCGGUGUCCCCCAGCGCAGCGCAAUACCUGGGGGGCGGUCUGCAGGACGAGGGCCUGGCUUCACACCCCGAUGGCUACCGGGCUCCGGCCCGUGACCCGGCCCGUGACCCCCGGGGACAUUUCGGCUACGGCUCAGGCUCUGACGGGAGCAGGGAGGCAGCGGAGGAGCCUGACGAGGUGGAUCGGCUCAAGGCAAAGCUGAUGUCUGCCUGGAACAACAUGAAAUACGGUUGGUCUGUCAAAUCAAAAACCAGUUUUAACAAGACCACACCCCUGACUUUGCUGGGACACUCCUACCUGCUGAAUCAUGAAGAUGAAGUGGAGCGGCUCAGCCGGGCCUUCGUGUCCCGCCUGUGGCUGACUUACCGGCGCGAGUUCCAGCAGCUCGAGGGCUCGACGUGGACCACGGACUGCGGCUGGGGCUGCAUGCUGCGCAGUGGACAGAUGCUGCUGGCCCAGGGGCUGCUAAUGCACUUGCUGCCCCCAGGCUGGGCGUGGCUGGACGGGCAGCAGCUCACAGACGUGGAAUUUGAGAUCCUAAAGCCUCGUUCCCCGUCGCGGAGCUCCGGGGUCUCGCUGCCCGCAUUUCCCUCUUCCCGGUCCACCCCCCGGGGACGCGGGGGCACUGCAGAGGCGUCGAAGAGAACCUCCGUUUGGAGACACUCCACAGAAACCAGCCUGGACAGGCAGGCGGAAGCCAUGCACCGUCGGGUGGUUUGCUGGUUCGGGGAUCAUCCCAGUGCUCCGUUCGGGGUGCACCAGCUGGUCGAGCUGGGCAAGAGUUCAGGGAAGAAGGCCGGGGACUGGUACGGGCCCUCCGUCGUCGCCCACAUACUCAGAAAAGCGGUGGAUAAAACUUCUGAGCUGCCCAAUCUGACAGUGUAUGUAGCUCAGGAUUGUACUGUGUAUAAGGAGGAUGUUAUGCGGCUGUGUGACCACUCUCAGUCAGAGGGCUCGUCCCAGUCAGGUUCAGGGUGGAAGUCUGUUAUUGUCCUGGUCCCAGUUCGACUGGGUGGAGAGACCCUGAACCCGUCCUACAUCGACUGUGUCAAGAACAUUCUCAGGUUGGAUUGCUGCAUUGGCAUCAUCGGCGGAAAGCCCAAGCAUUCCCUCUUCUUCAUCGGCUUCCAGGAUGAUCAGCUGCUGUAUCUGGACCCACACUACUGUCAGCCGGUGGUGGACGUCACCCAGGGCAACUUCCCGCUGGAGUCAUUUCACUGUCACUCUCCGCGGAAGAUGAGCUUCAGCCGAAUGGACCCCAGCUGCACCAUUGGCUUCUACGCCAAAAGCCAGAAGGACUUUGAGUCUCUCUGUGCCAUGGUCGGCGCGGCUCUGUCCUCCUCUAAGGAGAAGUACCCAAUCUUCACCUUUGUAGAAGGCCGGGGGCAGGACUACGGGUUGGAGGGGCAGAGUGGGGUGAUGCCUGAGCAGGCGACACGCAUCUUACCCAGGGGAAAGACCAGCGGAGGGAAGAGAUGCAGCGUGGAUGAGUUCGUGUUCCUGUGAAUGUGCUGGACCGGCCGCUGAUCACUGGAAAGGACCCCCCCCUCUCCCAGGAGUGGAAGCAAAUGAAUGUUGGGCCGCUUCCCUGAUGUUGCUCAAAUUGCAUCGCCCCCCACCCCCCAGGCUGGUGUCUCAAGUUCUUGGUGGAGGAAUCAUGGUAAAGAGAGGCCAGGUAUAGGACUCUAUCUUCAGGGCACUUUUGUAGUCACUGUAGCUUAAUGGCACUGAGGUGUUCUAUCCGAGAACAAGUGGUUUUUCCGGAUUGUCACGAAUGAAUUAUGGUUCUUUUGUCUAUUGUUUCCCUUUUUGAGUUUCUAACUUGCAGUCGUACACCUUGCAUUUCCCGAACGCGGUCUUCCGAUGUCGAGGCCGUCCUUAAAGCGAGGUGCAGCGGGCGAGAUCUGCCGUGCGUGCAGUUAGAUGUUGAGGUGAUGUGGAUGGUUCCCAAGCUGAAAGAUUCCUGCUGUUUUGGUGUAAUUUUGAACAUCUUCGACUUGAAUGGAUUCAUAACUCUAAGUGUGUAACUUUGUAUGGUGCUUUGCAUCCCUUAAGGAUGCUAGUCUGCCUACAAAAUUGUCCGGUAAGCUAAUCACAAGUUAGCCUGUCACGGCUACUGGGACUUUAACCUCUUUUAUUUUUUUCUUUGUAAUUUUAUUUUACUGGAUUUUACCUAAAUACAUUUGCUGAAUGUUUGUGGGGGGUGGCGGAAAAUGGUCUGGGAUGGUGUGUAAUUUUGUGAGUGAGUAAUAUUUUAUUUUAAUUUAUUGUUGCAACUUUUACACUUUUAAAGAUCAUUGCAGCGUUGUCCAGAAUCAUUGUGGUUGUUGGGCUCUGUCGUAACAAAUGUGGCGUCUAGUGUAAAGCUUGCAUUUAUUUUAAUUUCAUAAGAGAGCUGCAGACUUAAAUUGUAGUGCACACCCUGUGUGGAUCGUCACGCCAAGGCCCGAGCUGUACACUAUUUAAUGGACUUCUGUGUUUGUGCAAUGUCCCUCACUGCCUGCAUCCGAGAUGCCUCAUCGCUGACCUUGAUCCAUUACUGUACUUGGACAUCCUGUGCAGUUUCCCCGCACUGAUCUCCAAGCUUUCCAGCAACUGCCCAAUGUUCUACAAUGAGCUGAACUCCAGGGGAAUUGUGGGAAACGCAAUCUUUGGUUUCUCCAAAGGCCUCAGAGCUGCAUGUUUUGGAAUCAACAAGUGUCGAAGCAGAUCCGUCUGUUUUUUUAUCCUUUUAUAGGUGCAGUGAUGUUCCUCCCCUCCAGGACUUGCCAUUAUUUUUUACUUGCACUGUAUGAGUAAUUGACUUCUGUACAUUAUGUGCUCAAAUAAUUCAGAAGCAUAUUUUCAUGGAAAAAUCAUACUUGUUCAGGUUUUGAUUUUUUUUUUUUCUUAAACUUCUGAAGGUGUAAGUUAAUUAUUCUGCAUAUUUAUUUACAAAUAUAUUUGUAAAUCUGCUGUAAAGAUGAUGGAAUAAAUGAGUUUUUAAAACAA